AUGACCACACCUUCAGACAAGAGAUCCAGUGGUGACACAAAGACUGGUGGCAACAGCAGUGAUGGCAACAAGACUGGUGCCGCCGGUGAUGUACAGACACUCGUGGACACGAGUUUAUCACCCGAAGAGCUGGAGUUAUAUCCGGAACGAAGAGGUGAUCGGAUCCGCAAGAAUUGGGUGGAGAGAGUGGUGGACAGAGAGGACUACAAUAAGAUUAUAUGCGAACAGAAGGUCUACGAUAUCAUCCAAACAAGUAUUGNACCCGAAGAGCUGGAGUUAUAUCCGGAACGAAGAGGUGAUCGGAUCCGCAAGAAUUGGGUGGAGAGAGUGGUGGACAGAGAGGACUACAAUAAGAUUAUAUGCGAACAGAAGGUCUACGAUAUCAUCCAAACAAGUCCGUUAGUAAAGCUGAUGAUGAGUGCACUUAAAUCUCACGGAUGUGAGGUCGAUAUCCGAAGACACAUAUCGUGCGAAUGCUGUUCAUCUGAAGUGACCGGUGGAUAUGACCCGCACCUGAACCAAGUGGUGAUCUGUCAGAAUCGUAUCUGGAAUAAGGGUAUAAUCCGUGGUAUUCUGUCGCAUGAAUUCCUCCAUAUGUUCGACUACUGUAGGGCUAAGUUUGACUUC